AUGGCUGAUCCAACAUUAUUAGCAAAAGCUCGCAAAACACGAUUUGAUGAUCUACCGAAUUUUUCUGGACAUCCUUCUGAGGAUGUCGAACGAUUUUUAAAAAGUAUUAAGAACAUAACCAAAGCAACUGAUGAAUCAACUAAUCAUGAAAUUCUGGAAAUAGUACGUGGCAAAUUAACUCAAUCAGCAGGAAUAUGGUUCGAUAACAAUGAAACUAAUUUCCACAAAUGGUCAGAUUUCGAAACGGCAUUUCGAAAUCGAUAUUUUUCUUCAACAUCAAUACACAGGAAAUUUGAUACAUUAAAGCAACGAAAACAAUUACCAGAUGAAUCAAUUACGUCUUACUGCGAUGAUAUUAUUAAUUUAUGCAAGGAAAUUGAUUCCAAUAUGUCGGAAAAAAUUAUCAUUCAAUAUUUAAUGAGUGGAAUCAAUCCUGAUUUUAGGAAAGAAUUAUCAAGACGUGAAUCAUCUAUUCAUACAUUAAAUGAAUUUUUAAAAUACGCAAAAAUUGAACAAGAUUUAUAUGAUACAUUUCGUAAUUUAUCGAUUGAUUCACAACAAUUUGAUUUCAAUUUCAAUCGUCCACCAAUUCCAUCAUUAACUGCCACAGUCAAUCCACAAAAACAAUAUCAUUAUAAAAUAAAAUACAACAAUCCCAUUUCACGUUCAACACACUUUCAGAGCUCCGUUUCUCGACGGAACUCGGAUCCAACAUGGGAAAAUCGAACAUCAACAAUACCUAAUACAAAACAAAUUCGGACUUAUUCAUCACAAUCAGUAUUAAAGCAGAAACCAAUCAACACACAACCAACAUCAAACCAUCAAUUCAACAAUUGUAAAGUUUGUGGUCGAAAAAAUCAUCGGACAAUUGAUUGUUAUUAUAAACGUACAACCGGAUGCUUUAAUUGUGGUCAAAAUCACAAUCCAUCAACAAUCACAUCAUUUCCUGUUUACAUUAAAAUUCAUGUUAAUAAUCAACCAACGGAAGCAAUUGUUGAUACAGGAUCCGCCAUCUCCAUUAUUCAUUCAAAUUUUCUCAAAACUAUUCAUCACCAAAAUUUUUUAUACCAAACUCAUUCAUGUCAAACUGCAAAUUCAACACCCCUUAAUAUUAUUGGUCAAAUACAACUAGAAAUACGAAUUAAAUCUAUCAAAACUUAUGUUACUGCUCACGUUGCUACAAAUUUAAUUACAUCAAUUCUUUUAGGCAAUGAUUGGAUAAAUUCGAAUCAUGUUCACCUUUAUGGUGACCAGAAAAAAUUAACUAUUCCUGAUCAACAUGAUCAAUUAAUUUCAAUUCCAUAUGUGGAACCAACAUGCAUUAAUUAUCCAGCAUUAUUAAUUCAACAAAUUACUCUUCCACCAUAUUCACAACAA